AUGUUUGGGAGGCUGACUUUUCCACAAAUGCUUUUUGCUACCGUCCUUGGAAUUGCUGGAGGAAUAUAUAUUUACCAACCAAUACUGGAGCAAUAUUCCAGAGAUCAGGAGGAAUUAAAACGAAAGACGAAGUUGGCACAAGAAUCAGAAGAGAAGAGAAGUUAAUGCUGCUUGAAGUUGCACUGUAAUAGUUGCUUAAAUGAAUCCUGACUAAUGAAUUUAAAUCGCUAUUUAAGUUAGUACAUUUUCUUUUUCUUUUGAGGCUGGCUUUGAACAUGAGAUAUUCCUGCCUCAGCCUCCUGAGGCAUGUAUGAUCACAAUUAAAAGCAUUAUCAAUGUU